AUGGAUUUCGCUAAAUACUUUUUUAACACCUCAAACACUUCCUUUUUUAAAUCCAGCAACAGCAAUGAGGCAAAUAAUUCUAAAAUAUAAUAAAACAUUUCGAAUAAAAAUAGUGAUUCUGAGCUAUCUGUUUAGUCUAAAUAGAUUAAAUCUAAUUCAAAAGAUUUAUAGCAAUCUACAGGCAAGUUUAAUGAAACUGCAUUUUUUAAUAAUUAAUCAACGAAUUCAAGUUAAAAUAUUUUCUCAAGUUAAUACAAAGCAAAUAUAAACAAGUAAGGAUAGUAAAAUGCGUUAAAUAAUAUGUAAGUUGGUCCGUUUUAAAUAGGAAAUAACACCAAUGGUUCUAUUUAGAAGGCAAACCAAUAAUAGGAACUAAUAUUUGAUAUAAAAGAAAAUAAAACAUUUUUCCCGUUUUUGAGCUGCUUAAAAUAAAAGAAAGAAAUUUCUGACAAAGAAAACGAUGACCCUAAUAAUAAUGAAAAUAAAAAUAAAUCUCCUUUAAUAAACUAACAAGCCUAAUAAAAUAUAAAAAAAUCUCCCCCUUAUCAUAAUAUUUAUAAAGGAACUUAAGAUCGUAUAUUUAAUCCUUAUGAAUGGAGUAUACAAGAUUUUGAAAUAGGGCGUCCUUUAGGAUCUGGUAAAUUUGGACAUGUCUACUUAGCUCGUGAACGUAAAACUAAAUUUAUAGUUGCGAUAAAAGUUUUAAGCAAAAAGUAGUUAAUCGAUAAUAAUGCAGAAAUAUAAUUUAGAAGAGAAAUUGAAAUACAAUCUCAUUUAAAGCAUGAAAACAUCUUAUAAAUGUAUGGAUUCUUUUGGGAUGAUAAAAAAAUAUACCUAAUAUUAGAAUAUGCUUCUGGAGGAGAGUUAUACAAAGAAUUAAAAUCUCAACCUCUCAGAAGAUUUGAUGAAGUUACAGCUGCAAAAUAUAUAAAAUAGGUAGCAUCUGCUCUAAAGUAUUUACACAGUAAGCAUGUAAUUCAUAGAGACAUAAAACCAGAAAAUUUGCUUAACUGUGAUGGAACAAUAAAAAUUUCAGAUUUUGGAUGGUCAGCACAUGCUCCAAGCAAUAAGAGAAAUACUCUAUGUGGAACUUUAGAUUAUCUGCCUCCUGAAAUGGUUGAACAUUAGAGCCAUGGUAGUCAUGCUGAUUUAUGGUGCUUAGGUAUAUUAACAUAUGAAUUUUGUGUUGGUUCUCCUCCCUUUGAAGAUAGAUAAAAUAAAAAAACAUAUGAAAAAAUAAAAUAAGUUGAUAUUAAAUAUCCAGAUUAUUUAUCAUCAGACGUAGUCGAUUUCAUUUCUCGUCUUUUAACAAAAUAACCUUCAAAAAGAAUGAAUUUAGAAUAAGCUCUUAACCAUAAAUGGGUUAAAAUGUAUAAUGAAAAUUGA